CUUCCUCUUCCCUCCCACAAUUGUUUCUUCACACAUAUCUCAUUCUCCCUGCAUUCAUCCAAUUCAAAUUCUCUCUCUCAAUUUCUUCUUUAUUUUUUUCCUCUUCAUCGACCUCAUUGUUUGACUGUGAGAUGUCGUCGUUUUUAUUUCUAGAUUGAGAUUGGAAUUAGAUUAUUGGUUUCCUGGAUUCAAAUCGAAUUUAAGAUUUCUAUUUCUUUUUUUCCUGAGGAAGUGUGAGAAAUCGCUGGAAAAUUAGAUAAGAUUUGGAGUUUUUUUUAAUAAUUUUUUUCUUUUGUAGUUUUGAAUCUCGUUGAUUUGAUAGAGUUUGUAUUCUUACUCGAGUAAAACGAAAGAUUUGUAGGAGAAUAUCGAAAAAGGGUGAGAUAUUGUAAUAUAUUAUUGUUGUUGUACUUUCCUCCGUUUUCUGGAGAGCCGAAGAAGUCCGGAGAGGAAGUAUGUUGGGAACUAAUUUACAGUUCAGGCGUGUACGUGGCGAGGAUCGGUUUUACAUGACUGUGAAGGCGAGAAGGAAUCAGAACCAAUUGCAGAAAAAACAAGCAGCAGCAAAAAGUGGCGAAAAUGAGAGUGUAUCACCGGAAAACACCAAAGACAGUGUUGUGAAGCCUUCAAUUUCAAGUGACGUUUCAGUACCUGAACCAUCUGUAGUCUCUGUUAGUAACCUUGAUAGAUUCUUGAAAUUCACCAGGCCUUCCGUACCGGCUCAAUAUUUAUCUAAGACCACAGUGAGAAGUUGGAGAACUGGCGGUGAAGAGUUUCAGCCUUACUUCACAUUGGGUGAUCUGUGGGAGUCCUUUAAGGAAUGGAGUGUCUAUGGGGCUGGAGUGCCUCUGGUACUUGAUCAGAGUGAUUGUGUUAUUCAAUACUAUGUCCCUUAUCUGUCAGGAAUCCAAUUGUACGGUGAAUCUACUCAGUCAGCUGCUAUGUCAAGGCUUGCUGUAGAGGAUAGUGAUGGUGAGUACUACAGGGACUCAACUAGUGAUGGAAGCAGCGAUUAUGAAUCUGAGAAAGGCGUUAAAUUUUCAAGUGUGCAGCAGGGUUGCUAUAAUCUAACAAAUGAUAUUCCUUCUAGAAUGGGCCGUUUGUCAAUAAGUGAUGAAAACAAUGCAAUGCAAGAAGGCUUUUCUAGUGAUGAUAGUGAAAGUGGGAGUUCUCCAGGCCACCUUUUGUUUGAAUAUCUUGAGCAAGAUACUCCUUAUAGCCGUGAACCAUUAGCUGACAAGAUAUCAGAUCUGGCAUACCAAUUUCCUGGGCUGAAUACAUUAAAAAGUUGCGAUUUGCUGCCUGUCAGUUGGAUAGCUGUGGCAUGGUAUCCUAUAUACAGAAUACCUACAGGGCCAACUUUAAAAGAUUUGGAUGCUUGCUUUCUGACAUACCAUUCCCUUUCCACGCCUUUGAGAGGAAGCGGAACUAGCCAGGCUGUCUCAAAGAUUUCCAUACCUAUUUUUGGAAUGGCAUCCUAUAAAUUCAAAGGAUCAAUGUGGACACAAAAUGGAGUAAGUGAGCAUCAAUCAGCAAAUUUCCUGGUGCAGGCUGCAGAGGACUGGCUGAGACAGCUUCAUGUCAACCACCCAGAUUUCCAGUUCUUCACUUCACAUGGAAUGUACCACAGGUGAUUUGAGUGAUUAUUGAUUGCAUGGAAUAUUUAUGCGCCAAGUGCCUUAAAAGAUUCAGCAUUAAGAUGGCAUAAUACUUUCGGGAGUUUUUAUGAUUCAGAUUUCCUGUUAAUGUUCACAAGUUAAAAAAAGUGAAUACUAGAAAGGGCAAAAAAAAAAAAAAAGGGAAAGAAAUGAGUAAAAGAGUGGAAGUUCAUGGCAUCAGAGGAAGCCAUAAAAGGGGUAGUAGAUAAGACAAGAAAUCAAAGACGAAAAAGAAUUGAGGCAAGUGAAAAUGAAUAUGACUGCCAAUUUGAGUAAAUUUUAUAUGUUAAUGUUAUGAUGGGAGGUGAAAAAAUAGUUAUAUUUAUAGGUUUCCUUGGGAUUUUUAUUUCUUUGUAUAUUAGGCUGGUGUCUCCCCUUUGAUGUACUAACUUUGUUGUUCAAUAGUUGAAUAACGGAGGGAAGGAAAAAAAUGAAAAUAUUGAACU